AUGGGCGAUAUCAUGCUGUCCAUGGAAUAUGUAGAGCCGCAGACUGCAGCUUCCAACCCGUACCUCGGCCGGCGGCUGGCCCCGAUGGUUGGGACGGACAUGCGCCGGGUACCUUGCUGCCUCGGCGAUCGACAGGCCCAAAGGCAUUUGGAUGAGUGGGAUUAUGAUGGCGUCGAGUCUCUCGAGAUGGUCGAUGUUCUCCGACUCUUGAAAUUCUCGGGUUGGACUCUCUCAAAGUGGCUUCCCGCGGAUACGGGCCUGGGAACCGCACAGGCGGAGCAACAGCUCAAGGUCCACGCCUCGACUCACACUAUCUACGAAGAGGCUGAGAGUGAGCACAAUGUAAUAUCCGCCUACCUUAUUCCGUACGGAGUGUACAAUAGUGAGAUAUCUGCGAUGCCUUGCUGCUGCUACCUCGCUGCCCUGGCACCCUGGGCCCUGAAACCCUGUCCUGUUGCCCACUCCGACCGACGGAUAAGGAAGGGCAACUCUGCAAACAUCGCGCCUACAUCAAUAACCUAUCUACGACAGUGCUUCCUCACUUUCUCUCGCUCUCUGCCACUGACGCUGUCUCUCUUUUCUCCAUCGCACCCUCCCUCCGAUAUCUUCACCGCUUCGCUCUCCAUUUUGGCACCUCACCGCAUCGCAUCCUCUGCAGCUUUUCCCCCAACGAAAGCUUCGCCAGCCAAUCGACUAAAGCGCCUCUGUCUGCCGUUCCAUCGUAGCGUACCUCAGCGACAGCUCAAUCCGACCCGUCCCCAACCAGUCGAUCCAAUCUUUGUCGAGCCUUCGUCGGCCAAGAAGCUCCGAGAGAUCUAUCCCGACCGAACAGCUCCCAUACCGUAG